AUUAUAUGACACUGGUAUAAGUAAUCAAUAAGGCCUGUGAGUCAUACUCUGCGCAUCUUAAGUCCGCCGACUUCGCCCACCUAUAAAUAAUUGCAAUUAGAGGUGGACCAUGCACCUCAAUUUUCUCUACGUGGGCGAGCGCGUGCGAAGGUCUCUCGGCUCUUGAAGAAACCCUAAUUUAUUUAUUUAUUUUUUUUCGCGGAGCCCUAAAAAAUUUCGUUCCCCUUUCUUCCCUUCGCAUCCUUGGGAACCCUCUCGGUUGUGAGAACGUUUCCCGUUCUGCUCUUUGAAACCCUACGUCGUUGAGGGAGGAGAUAUCUUUCUUCUGCGGAUCCGAUGGCAGCUAAGCCACUAACAACAGAAGCAAUUGCCCUUACUGAGAAGAAAAUGGACAUGACUUUAGAUGAUAUCAUAAAAUUGUCGAAGAAAAAUAAGUCUAAAGGGAAAAGACCUCCAAGGCAGCCGAUCAAAAGCCGAGGUUUCCAGAAUGGUAAUUCUUCCCAGGGUAGCACUAAGGCUCAGCGAUUCAUGGAUUCUAGAUCAUCAAUUAGGCAGGGUGUGCUUGCACAGAGAAGGUCAAAUUUUCAUGGGAAUCAGUUUCCUGUAACAACGGAGGUUGCUCGGAGGGCUGCUGUUGCGCCUAUUCGUAAAAGGGGGGCUAACUGGAACUGGCAAAGAGUUGCAGUCGCGUCAGUACAAAGGAAGUCAGGUGAUGGUAGCUUUGCUGGAAAGGAUAAGGUGGUUUCGAAGCAGAGGCCUCAGACCUUGGAUGCACUAUUUGCAAAUAUGAAAGAGCAGAGGAUGAUGGUGAUGUCCCAGCAGACAAUGAAUGGUAAUGGCAGUCAUACUGCUCCAAGGCAUCGUGCCCAGCGGCGAGGCAGAGGUGGAGCUCCAGUUGGUGGCGGUGGCCGCUGGUUUGGAAACUUUGUCAAGUGAAAGCAUUGGUACUGCCUCGUAUAGGUCACGUCUCUCAUUGGUUUCCAUUGUAUCCUGCUCGGUGGUGCAUCUACCAUGUUAUCCUUUGAAAAGGUGCUGUUGAUUGCGUGGAAGAAGAAUGGAAGGAGGACCACUGUCAUUCCCCCCGGUAUUUACAUCUUCUGCAUCUUUUAGCUGCGUGAGUAUGCUAUGCAGUCUGUUGUUACGCUUUAGAAAUUGUCAGCAAGUUUGUCUUGUAGGAAUCUUGAUGGAGAUUUGUAAUUAUUGGAUCAGAAUGAUUGGUUCUAGUUGGUUCAGAUUUGUAACCAGAAUGAUUGGUUCUAGUUGGUUCAGAUUUGUAAUUAUCGGGACCAGAAUGAUUGGUUCUAGUUGGUUACCCUCAGGCGCUGGUGCUAUUUCCAGGAGCCAGGUGGUAGUGGUAGCAAUACUUGGGGGAAAAGCUGCGUCAGCUAGAACUAUAAUGUUUGGUGUCCCUGGAUCUUAUAUUCUGUAAUUGCAUUGCAUUGGAGUUUCUUGGAGGAGCUCUAAUGCUGGUUGAGAAGUAAAUUUCUAUGGUGUGCAUAAAGUUA